AUGGGGAAUGGAAUGAAUAAAAUCUUGCCUGGUUUAUACCUUGGAAAUUAUAGAGAUUCAAAGGACCCAGCACAGUUGUCCAAAUACAACAUCACUCACAUUGUUUCUGUCCAUGAAUCUUCUAAGCCUAUUCUGCCUGACAAGAAGUAUCUCUGCCUAGUGGCAUCUGAUGUCUCAACUCAGAACCUUUCACAGUUCUUUAGCGAAACAAAUGAUUUCAUUCAUGAAGCAAGGAGCAAUGGAGGCAAUGUUCUCGUUCAUUGCUUGGCAGGUGUAAGCAGAAGCACAACAAUUGUCAUAGCAUAUUUGAUGACGGUUUCAAAACUUGCCUGGAAGGAGUGCUUGGGAGCUGUGCAACAGAAUCGUCCAUGUGCCAAUCCUAACUUUGGAUUCCAGAGACAACUGCUUGAAUUUCAAUAUGAUAAUGUUCUUGAGGUUUGUUGCUUUCUCUUUGAUGGAUGGACAAAUAUUAUGUUCAGCAUUCAAGAUUUAAUGUUUCUAUAA